AUGCGAUGCCUUUUGCUACUUGGACUGCUGGCAGUCGUCGUCGAUUCUGAGACUACUUGCCCAGAAGGCGAUGAUGCCAACAGCCAUGACCACUGCGUUCACAUGGAGACCACAGCGAUGUUAGAACCUUACAAGUUUCGUUUAGCUCUUGGUGAGUCUACCGGUUGCAAAUCCUACUGGAUAGGAGGACGGUGCUCAUCCGGUAAUUGUUCAUGGGUGGAUGGCACAUCGUUUGACUUCAAAAACUGGGGCCCGGGACAACCAGAUUCAUCCUACCAAUGCAUAUCUUCGUCGUUUAUGAGUGGUACGGAUCGGUUUUAUCCUAGCACAGUUACCACCAACGUCAGCACUUGGAGCUCGAUGGACUGCAAUCAGAAGCAAUGCUUCGCCUGUGAAACGAGUCUGGCAAUGAGCGACUGCGCUGACUGGUUCAAGGCCGGCUACAGAGAUGAUGGAGAGUAUAGCAUCGUUCUUGAUGGUGUGCCUUACAAAGUCUACUGCGAUAUGAACACUGCCGGUGGAGGAUGGGUAGUGUUUCAAAGAAGAGUUAACGGCAAUGAUUCAUUCUGGGACCACAGCUGGACUGAGUACAGAAAUGGGUUUGGAGCAGUUGGACCAGACUCCAAUUUUUGGUUGGGGAACGAGAUUCUACAUCAGCUCACUGCGAAGGACACCGAUGUGACGCUGAGAGUAGAGAUGAGAGGAGACAGGACGCCUUCCGCACCCGAUCCUGACGCAUUCUGGUGGAACCACUACACUAGCUUCCAGGUUGGGCCAGAAAAUGAUAACUAUCCGCUCAAUAAUCUCUACUUAGAUUAUGAUAACAUUCAAGGCAACGCAUCUACUGCAUGGUACGACAUAACUUACUCGGUUGGCGCUCCAUUUUCAACCAUCGACAAGAUCAAUGAUCCAAGACCCAACUGCGUGACGAAGUAUAAAAUGGGAGGUUGGUGGCUUCGCAACUGUGCUUUGGCGACAUUGAAUGGAGCAUAUGACAUAACUGACUACUCUGAUGGAUACGGUAGAAGCUGGGAGCAGGCAGAGGCCUACUGUGAAUCAAGAAAUGGUCACCUUACAUCCAUUCACAACAAGAAUGAUAUCGCUGUGAUAAAAAGUAGUUGGCGCCCAUCAGACUGCAUUAAGAAAAACUGCUUCGUCUGCGAGACGAGUGAUAUAAUGAGUGAUUGUGCUGACUGGUACAAAGCUGGCUAUAAAGAGUAUGCAGAAUGGAAGAUUAGAUACAGUAACCCUUUUUUAUGGUCGUUUGAAGGGUCUAAUUCUUCUAGUGAUGGUAUAUACAGCAUCUUUAUCAAUGGUACCACUUUCAAAGUCUUCUGCGACAUGCAUACAGCAGGAGGCGGAUGGGUAGUAUUUCAAAGAAGAGUAAACGACAGUGACCCGUUUUGGAAUCAUACCUGGUCCGAGUACAGAAAUGGAUUUGGGAACAUUGGAUCGAACUCCACCUUCUGGUUGGGUAACGAAGCUCUCCAUCAGCUCACUUACAAAGACCCCAAUGUGACUCUGAGAGUGGAGAUGAGAGGCGACAGGACGCCGCGAGCGAAAAAUCCGAAUGGAUUCUGGUGGAAUCACUACUUCAGUUUUAGGGUUCGAACUUUUCUUUCUAGAUUCUCAUUGCUAAUGUUACCAAAAUUUCAACCCAGUCGAAACAACUUGCCAUGUCAGGUUGCUGACCGAUAUCCUUUGAAUAAGGUUGGAUCUGAAGAAACCGACUAUACACUCGAAAGACUAUCCAUCGAAAAGCGCAACAUUAAGGGUAACGCGUCCAUUGGACGAUACGACAUGUCCUACUCAAUUGGUGCUAAAUUCUCAACCGUCGACAGGAUUAACGAUCCCUUACCCGAAUGCAUAACGCGGCACAAAAUGGGGUUUGCAGAAUUGCAUUUCGUAACACUUGAAGGCCUCCUCCAGCUGGAAUCUCAAAUGUUUUUCAAAACUAUCACUAGCAGCCUUACUGUAGAUACAGCUGUGUGUUUCAGGGGCUGGUGGUUACGUAAUUGCGCAAUGGGAACGCUGAAUGGAGCGUAUAAGGUUUCCGAUUAUUCUGGUAAGCUAUGCUUCAAACAUCAUUUUGAUUCCAUCGGUCUAUUGAGCAUCGGAACAACAGGGUGCAUUUCCACAUUGUGCUGCAUUUUUGUUAUCCUCUGA